AUGGCAGGGAUCGAAGAAAAGGACAAACUGAAAGAGCAUGACAAGGUAGUGGCGUUGGAGUUGCCAAGAGACCCAGAGAACAGCUCACUUGGUGAAAUGGAGGAACUCCGUCAUAAGCAUCUCGAGUCGGCGGCUGUGGAUGAGGCGUACGCAAGGAAGGUGUAUUUGUGCAACAAGAUCAUUGACGAGUACAUCGGCAUGACAAGAUGGCAAUGGGGUUUACUCCUUGUUGCUGGUUUUGGCUGGUUCCUCGAUAAUGCGUGGCUGCAGCUCAUUGCUGUCAUCUUGCCGCAAGUGAAUAUCGAAUUUUUCAGCGACGAGUACGCAAGUGCACACAAGUUUGCUGCCAACCCAGCAUGGCUUACGUUUGCCAAUUUCUCUGGUCAGCUAGCAGGUGCCUUGUUUUGGGGCUACGCCUCUGAUGUGGUGGGACGACGUCUCUCGUUUAAUGCUACGUUGCUCAUUGGCGGUGUGUUCUCCGUAGCGGCUGGUGGCGCACGAUCGUUUGCUGCUGUGGCGGGUCUGGCCGGUGUGGCAUGCUUUGGGUUCGGUGGUGCACUGCCUGUGGAUGGCAUGCUCUUUCUGGAAUUCUUGCCUGGCCGCUACCAGUAUUUGCUUACAUUGCUCUCUGUUUUCUGGUCGUUGGGCCAGUUGCUGACCUCGCUUAUUGGCUGGGGCUUUAUUGUACGCUGGAAUUGUGCGUCGCAUGAUGCAUGUGCCAUGGACCGCACAUCGCAAGGCUGGCUGGCUGGUAAUGUCGGUUGGAGGUACUUGGUCUUUACGACUGGCGCUUACACACUCUUGGCGUUUAUUGUGCGAUUCUUUAUUUUCCGUAUCCCGGAGAGCCCCAAGUUUUAUCUAUCAAAGGGUCGUGAUGCGGAAGCUGUCCAGGCCAUGCACGAGUUUGCGCGUAUGUGCGGUAAGCCUUUGCCAGACGGCAUGCUGACCGUCACAAAGCUUCGCCACAUUGCCUUUGAAGAGAUGGCUGAGCAUGAAGAGGAGCCGGAAAUUGAGAGUCACAAGAGCAUCACGGCGUACUUCCGCUACUGGUACCACGACUUGAAGUUCAAUUUCCAGCACACGCGAAAGGUAUCUCCUUGGGCUCAACUAAGGCCCCUCUUUUCCAACUUUGCUUUGGGGUACACCACCAUCAUCACAUGGAUUCUGUGGCUCUUCAUCGGUCUGGCCUACCCUCUGUUCAAUGCGUUCAUUUUGCUAUAUCUCAAGUCGGGAGACUCGACUCUGAGCAUGGAGUACCGCAAUUAUGUCAUUGUGUCGGUGUGCGGUGUACCAGGCAGUUUGAUUGCUGCCUGGAUGGUGACGUGGCCUGUCGCAGGUCGUCGUGGUGCCAUGGCCAUUGGUACGAUUUUGUCAGGCAUCUUCUUGUUCGUGUUUAUUGCAGCAGGAAACUCCUCGGAGCGACAGUUGGCCUUCUUCUGUGUGGUAAACUUCUUUGAGAACAUCAUGUAUGGUGUGCUGUACUGUUACACACCUGAGUCCUUCCCUGCGCCUUUGCGUGGCACGGCUGAUGGUGUCGCUGCGACACUUAACCGGCUGGGCGGUGUUAUUGCUGCGCUAAUCAAAGUGUAUACGACGGGUGGUACUGGCGCUGCCAAGUCCGCCCCGCUGUACACCUCCGCCGCGCUGUUUGUGUUUAGUGGUGUGCUUAUGCUGACGCUGCGUGUGGAAACAAAUGCACGAACAGCCAUGUAA